GAGAAAGGGUUGAAUUAAGCUAUGAGGGAUUCUGUGAUGAGGGGUGAGGGGGAACAUAUAAAGCUAAGGAAUAUUCUCGUCGAAGAAAUGGUUCUAGUGUUUUUAGAUCACUGAACAAGUGCUGGCUCGUAAGAAUUUUAUUCAAAAGAUCUCUGGUUCUCUGGUUAUCAUGGCGAGAAUGAAUUCAUUGAAUAACUUGAUCUAUCUCAUUUUCUUUUCUGUCCUUCAUUUGACUAUAGCUUCCAAACCAUCUAUAAAAACGGUCACAGUCAACCCAUGCACCUUCACUCCAACCACCCCGACAUAUGUUUCUCCUUCGUCACCUUGCCCAACUAUCACCAUCUCCACUUCUCAUACCUCCUGUCCACCAACAACCCCAACAUCCUGCUCCCAAAAUUUCUGCAUCUCCGAUGCUUUUAUAACAGUCCCUUGCACCUGUCCCUACUCCGUACCAACCACCACCCUCUACACCCCGUGCCCCUCGGCCUGUUCGCAAACCUGCUACAUCGGCCAUCAAAUCUACCACGAAACAUCCUGCUCCACCACCAUCGCUAACUCUCCCACUCCCAGCACAACCACAACCCCCAUCAUCGACCCCCCAACUUCCCUCACAAUACCAACGGGUGGCUCGACACUUUGUUCCUGCCCCUACUAUCCUCCCUACCCCACUUAUUGCAAUCCGCCCUGUCCAGUUCAUACCCCUACCUCGACCUCUACCCUAAGCAUCACCACUCAGACUCUCCCUACUACUACCCCUACCACCACCCCUAACCUCGUAACCUGCUCCUGUCCCUACUAUCCCCCCUACCCUACAAACUGCAUCUUCCCCUGUCCAAUCCACACCCCGACAACUGUCAUCACGGUCCCAACAACAACAUCAACAACAACGGCAAUCAUCACUUCAGCUCCUAGCUGCGAAAGCAUCACGAUCACGAGAGGGGAUUCGUGUGCGCCGAUUGUUGGGGGGCCGUGUACGAGUCCUGAUUGUAUAUACCUCUCGACCGUAACCAUAAACUGUGGGUGUGGGGGCUCGAUUGGCACUGUGACUAAUUGCAAAACGACUUGUGAUGGAGCGUGUGGGACCGAGUGGCAGACAGUUGCGUUACCUUGUCCGACGAUUCCGAUGGGGUUGGAGGUUUGAAGGUAUGGAGGGUAGGGGCGUGAGGGAGAGGGGGUGAGCGUGCGUGCGUACGUGCGAGGAAGUGAAGGUGGAAGGAAGAAGAGGGGGGAUGGAGAUGGGUAUGAGAGGAAGCGAGGAAGAGAGAAAGGAGAAAGGAGAGAUGAAAUGAAAAUCAAUGAGAAGAUUUGAAUUCUGAUGAAUUUGGUUACA